GGAAACAACAAAAAGUUGAUUCCUUUUUAAAUCAUUUGAAUAGUUCUACAGAUGAGCAAAUAAAAGAAAAUAUUGAAGAUAUUGUAGGUAAUCAAGGUGAAGAAGAAAAUAAUGAAGAAUCAUUGAAUAAUAAUAAUGAAAAUAUACAAAUUAAUUUAAAUGAACAGUUUUAA